AUGAGCAUCAAGGCGUCGAUGAAGGGCAACUUCAACUCAAGCUGUCUCAUUAGUUCAUCAAACUUGGCCUUGUGUGCUUCCAACAGUUGUUUCUUGAACCUUCCUGGAAAGGGCAGAGGGGGCUUGUAUGGUGGUGGUCCUGCUGGAGUGUCUUUCUUCUUUGCAACAGGUUUAGCUGGUUGGCUGGAGUUUGCUUUGUCUGCUCUCUUCUGGCUCGAUCGAGCUCUGGUUUGUCUUGCAGUGUCUCAGUUUCUCCAGCUCGAUCGAGUUCUGGUUCAGGGUUUUGUUCCAGCUCGAUCGAGUUCGGGUCGAGUUAUCAGCAUAGUCGACUAA